AUGGCCGCAUGGUGCAGUAGACGGAAUCUGAAAGUCAGAGGCUGUACCAAUAUCCAUGUCUCCACGGAACUCAUUAUCAAAGGGGCUCGUGGCGAAUACAAAGAAAGUAUUAACUCACAAAGACCGUAUCGAAGAGUGGUAUUGCUACCCUCUCACGAAGGGGCAGACACGAUAGAGCCAAAAUAUGUGACCUUGAUCGGGGAAAGUGAUCUUGUGCCGAAUAGAUCCUCACUCGUUACGAGGCUAGCUCUUGACUACACUACUGGCAAAAGGAUAGACGAUCCAGGAGCGCCUUCAGAGCGAGAUUGCAUAGCCAAGACUAAUGGUAAAAGUUGUAACCUAUCAUGGAGGCCUGUCCCUCUAGACCCUGCUCCGGUACCGCUCUGCCAUAGUCAUAUUAGAACUCUCGCGUGGCUGAGGGACUUUGACGGACGUGAUCCAAAGCAAACUCCCUUGUGGGAUUCAAAUAUCAUAAGUGUUCAAGAUGUGAUCGAUACAUGGCAGAGAGAACGCGAAUAUCAGAGAUUGAAUUGCGGAAGAAUCGAGAUCAAUCAGGCCCACAUAUACAGGAGAUGUAGACAAGAAUACAAUGACGCUCUUAGUCAGCAGAGGUCUUAUCGACCUACGUACCUAGAUGAUUCUCACUUAGAAUCGCACGCAAUAGAAGAAGGCCAUCUGCAAUAUGGUGAAGGGGUCGCUAUCCCCUUACCCGUCAGAAGGACAGGCGAUGACAGUGACAAUGAUUCAGAUAAGGCCCUCGCUGGCUUUGGACAAUCUUAUGACGACGCUUCUGCCAUGAACACUGACGUAGACUUCAUUGCUCGGGCGAUUGCCAGUCACCAGCACCAUGGGGUGCACGCAAGUGAAGGUUUAGAUACACACUACCAUCCGACACACAACCCCCGUUACCGUACUCCUGCAGUCCCGAGCCAUUUAUCGCCUGGUUCUCAAAAUCAUUAUCGAGGUAACUAUCCCAUUCCAAUGCAAUUCCGACCACAAAAUCCUUCAGAAGACUUCCUGAACAGCGGGUCAUACAUACCAUUGUCGAAUCAACGUCAUUUCCCUUCGCCUCUUUCAGAAAACUCUUGGCAAACUAACGAUUUCCUACAAACACCAGGUCAUGUUUCCGGAUAUCAGCAGCCUGGGGGGUCAAACUUCUACUGUCCACCUAGUACAGAUUAUGAUCUUCGGAACCAUCGUACACUCCAUCUCACAAACAGUCUCGGUACACCAGAAACUGGUUAUGUAGCACAAAUUCCUUCGACUUAUAAGACGGACUUGGCGAUGACAGAUAUCAGCGAGGAAGCUUGGGAGGAUAGCCAGCGUUUAUCAAGGUACCAACAACCGGCACCUUCUCAUUCAGACUCCACGAUGGACCACAUUACUGAUGAGGAAUGGGACAAAGCCCAGAGCGCCCUGGCUGAGCUGCAAAUAAACAGCAAACUUUGGGAUGGUACAUGA